AGAAAAGGUCAGAGUUCAUCUGGGAGAUAAUCAUUCUAAACAAAUAUUAAAUGUGAUGACUUUAAAAUUAAAAAGUACGUUCAAAAUUUUGAAGAGCCAGGUCCACUUAAGUUUCAAAUUCAGAUAUUUACCAAAUCGGUCGGCCACUCAAUCAUCGAUUCACUUGAAUAAUGAAAGAUUUAAUCCGAGAUGCACAAUCACUUGAACGAGUAGAAGAAAUUUAUUAUAAAAUCUUCAUUAUUUUCUUCUUAUUUGAAAAUCAUUAUAAUUAUAAAAAUAAAUUAUUACAUUUCCGAAGUACACGACACAACUUAAUUAUUUUGACUAGUCAGUCACAAACUCACUGUUACUCACUAAUGUCACAAGUCCUGAAGUUGAAUAAUGAUAAGAUGGGUACAAAUGAGUAACAAUUCAUCAGACUCAAUCAUCAUGUCAUAGUCAUGAUUCCAUGUUUACCACAAUCAAUGAUUGUAAUUUUGAAAAUUAAUUGAAAAUUAUUAGUAACAAUGUCAAUUAUUGCUCAUUACUCCUUAUUAAUAUUAAAUAUACUUUUUUAGUUGUCAUUCAUUAAUUUAAGUUAAGUAUUAGUUACGUUACACUGUGGAUUUGUAAUUAAUAAUUUGUUGCAGCCAUAAAGCUCAGUUGGCUUGGGAAUCCAUGUUGAGAAUCCAGUACACACUGUACUGAGCACUCUGUACACAGAUAUCAUACUGAGCAGGCACAACUAUGGCAUCUGAUGCAGAACUUUUGUUUUAUAUUUAUCAAGUUUAAAUUUAUGAGAUAAUGCAAUGGCCAUGGUCAGCAAACUGUGACUGCAUGUGUCUCUUUAAAUGAACAAAUUCUACUUUUUUCUUUUAAAUGUUUAACAAUACAAAACAUUAAAUAAUUUCUUGUCUUGUUCACUCCAAUAAAAUAAUUUUUUAUACUUGAAAUUCGUUUUACAAAUUUUCAUCUUCGAACUACAAAAAAGGUUACAACAUUUUUAAUCAAUUCAGAUUUUAUUAAAUUCACCAUGUUUUUAUGACUACUUUAUUUUCUAUCGGUUAUUACGCUACUAACCUGUCAGCUGAUGAUAAUGCAUGCACUUUGAUUUUAUAUAUAUAUAUAUAUAUAUAUAUCAGGCCUGCACAACUCAAAGUGUAAGGCGGGUCGUAAUAAUUUAUGAAAACUUGGGCGGGCCAAAAGAAAAUAGGACAGGACUUGUGCGGGCCAAAAGAAAUAAGGACAGAGGGGAAAGCUAUUAAGAAAAUAAUAAAAAUAAACAAUAUUUCGUUACUUCACGGGCCGCAAAGUGGGUGCUUCCAGGCCGCAUUCAGCCCGUGGGUCGUAUGUUGUGCAGGCCUGAAAUAUAUAUUAUGGGAUUGUUUCUGUAUAUUGCCUGCAGACAAUAUAGUGAAACACUAAAAAAUUUAAUAUCAAAGGAUGGCCCACUUUUUGUUGCAGCAAGUAUCGCACGGUCACACAAAAUUGACAAUGCAAGUAACAAAUCUGCAGUAUGAAGGUACCUUUAAAAUUAUCAUAACUAGUAAAGGCUAAAGGGGAUCUCUAAAGAAAUCAAGUAAACUUCCAAAUUUACAAUUUACAAGGCAACACUCAACAAGGCACUUUCCCUUACUCAGUAUUAGAGUUACUGAGUUAGACUUAGCACUUAGCCUUAAUAUUAAAAGUUCUACUCAAACUACUAGUGCUACUCUGUCUAAUAGUAAAAGUUCAGCAUGGCAUACCUUAUACACUACCAUCUGCAGAACUCAGGUUGGGUCAGUUUACUAAUUUUAGGCAAACUAAAGCUUAAUAAUUUAAUUAUUAUCAUAGUAAUAAGCUUAGGGAUUCUGUGGCUAAUUUAGUCACUAUCGCACAAAGCUGCAAUUUUUUUUUUCCUUUAAUUGAAUUUUAGAGUUUAGUCUACUCCAGGGGUCAACAAACUUUUUUUGUUGUAAAACUGGAGUUUCAAGUGGGGUUUUAAAUACCUUUUUUUCUACAAACCUGUUUUCAGUUCUCUAAAUCUGGUUUUAUACUGGACUGGUUUUCAGUUUUUACAAUUAAGGCUUGACCUGCAGGAAUGCAUGGGAAAUGGCAUUCCUCAGAGUUCCUGUACCUUUUAUUGCUUAGAAUUAAAUACAUAUUUAAUUAAUUCGAGGAGUUUUUGGGGAGGGGUGCUUGGAUGUGUUCCAACACUUACCCUUGACAAGAACUUGACCCCUAUUUGAAUGCAUUCCAAACUGCUCCUCACAGCUUUGAAGAUUGACUUAUAAGACUGUACCACUUCAUUUACUUUAAAUCAGGAAUUUGGAGCAGGCAGUUUUAACUCAUCUUAUCAACUAGGCAAUAGAAAUGUAUGUACCAGCAACAUAAAGAGUGGGGCAACAUAACUGGUAGAAGAGUGGGGCAACAUGGCUGGUAGAAGAGUCGGACAACAUAGUUGUAUAAGAGUGGGGCAACAGAGCUGGAUGUCCUUAUUUUAGAGUAAAAAGUGUUUGUGGCGAGAGGCAUUUGUUACAAGAAAGUGGAGCACAUGUUCCUUCAUGUCUGGUGCUUUUUAAAUUAAUCAAUAAAUUAAAAUAAUUUUCAUUUCAUCUUUCUGACAUGCAAAUUACUGUGGAGCAAUAACACUGACAUUGCCCUCAUAUUAUUGUAAGGCGGAUUGGGCUGUGGACUUAGUAUAUCAAAAAUCUUAUAAAUCAUUUGUCUUGUUCAGAAGAUACGUCUUAAAGUUAUAGGCACACCAUAUACAUUUUCAUACUAUUCAUACUAGGGUGUACAUAGAGAUUUUUAAAGAAUUUAAUAAUUUAAAUCAAUUCUUACCUUGUGAGGUUCAUUAAUAGUUUUGGUGGGCCAAAGUUUACAUAUCCCUGCUCUACUCCUAUAAUAAGCCCACCAUCUCCAUAGGCUUAUAAGUUUGCCAUUUAUUUAAUUAUUAUUGGUAUAAUUUUAUAAUUAUUGAAUUUAUAACUCUUUACAUGAAUUAAUACUUCAUGCAGGAUUAAUUGAAAAUCGAGACGAGCUGAUAAAUUAUGUUAAUAUCUAUUUUCUAAACUAGGAAUGGAUUGUGACAAAAAGAAUGAAUUACAACUUUUUUGAAGUGUUCAAGUUGGACAUAAUUUUCCACCUACUACUCAGAAGAUAACAAGAAAAUGCUUAAAGUUCUCAAUUUUUCUAAGUUAGUUUGUUUAUAAUUUUAUACAUUUUUAAAGUUAUCUAAGUUUAUAGGAGCAAAAUUUGUAUUAAAUUUAAAUUCCUCAGCAUUGAAGUUAAAUUUUAACUAUGAAUAGUCUUUUUCCAUUAUAUUUUCUUUGAAUAUUUUUAUUUUAUCACACAAUCAAAUGGUGGUAGUUUUAAUUCUUUUUUAUCCAUUAAUACCUAUUGAAAUUUGUUUAUUUUCCUGAUCAGUGCCCGGAUCAGUCAUGAAAUUUGUUAAUUUAAAUUAAUUUUUUUUUUUUUUUCAAAUUUUAUUGACAGAUGCCUAGGGUGUCAGAAAAUGUUGCUGACUGUGGUAAAAUCUAAGGCCCAGUGCCUUCAGACACUGAGAAACUUUACUGUUCAAGAUGCUUCAACAGCAUUGAGACCAUUCUUUUUCAUUGUACACCCUGACUUAUUUGGUCAGCAUCCCACUGAACGGGUAUUAGAAUAAAUCAACUCUUGUUCUUGUUCUAAUAACACAAAUCCAAUCAACAUAAUAAUCAAUUUAGUUUUAGAAAUGAUAAAAUAACACUUAUUUUGAUAGAACAUUUUUUUUAUAUCUGUUUAUUUGUGUCACCACCCCCCCCCCCAACCACCACCACCCUUAUGUUAAGAGGUCAGUCUGAUUUCUUAACUCCACUGAACGGGUAUUAGAAUAAAUACACUCUUUUUCUUGUUCUAAUAAAAAAAAUCCAAACAACAUAAUAAUCAAUUUAGUUUUAGAAAUGAUAAAAUAACACUUAUUUUGAUAGAACAUUUUUUUUAUAUCUGUUUAUUUGUGUCACCCCCCCCCCCCCCCCAACCACCACCACCCUUAUGUUAAGAGGUCAGUCUGAUUUCUUAACAUAACAUUUAUUAGUUUAGUGUAUUAUCUUUUACCACUUGACGUCAAAGUCAACAAAUAGGCAUUUAAAAACUUGAAUUGAUUUGAUUAAAUUAAAUUUUCUAUCAAAAUUGUUUUGUUUGUAUCUUGUGACUUUUGCAAUCCGACAUAGUUCAUUUUAUCAUACUUGGUCCUCAUGGAGCUGAAAAGUAUACCACAGAAAUUAAUGGAGCUGAAGGUAGGAGAAACCUGAAAAAGACAACAAAAAAAGUCAGACAUACCUGCAAAAAAGCCUUCUUCAGCUAACAAAAAUAAGGGAACAACUAAAUAAAAAUGAACUAAAAUAACUUAUCUGUUGCUGUGGAGAGUUCAAGAAAAAUCUCUGAACUGGUGAACAAAACGAAACAAGAGAAAUAAAAAGUAUUAAGUUUCGCUUUAAAACUACUCUAUUUCAAACAUAUGACAGUUGAAAAAUGUCUUAUGUUUUCUUGUUAUUUUUUACAGUAAUUUGUAAAUUCUUUUUUAAACAGUCUGUGAAUGAAAACUCUCUUAAACUCUUAAAUGAAUAUCUUGCUGGCCACGCAAAAUAUGAAAAGAGUCAACAGAAGGAUAUCCUCUUCUUUGUUCGAUCUCAAAAUGAUUCAGGACAAGGUUAGUAUAAAUUGUUAACUUUUCAAAAGUCUACUUAUUUCUAUUGUCUAGUCACUAUCAACAUUUCAGUCCUAACAUAUGAUAAACUAUGUUUGCAUGGAUUAACAUAAUCAUUAAUUUUCUCCUUAGGUUUUUCUAGUUCUUCUUUUAUAUAACGUUUGGGUGAAAUCAAACUACAGUACUUGACACAAGGAUUAGGUUAUCAAUUUUUUAUAGCGGCACUGCUUAUAGGCUACUAAAGUUUUAUUUCUGUACAGUAAUGAAACAAGUCAGGAUUUCCUUGACGACAGGUAACCUCCGGGACACAGUGAUGGGGAUACUUGGGGCAUGUGGCUUGUCUGAUAGCCAUGUGCCACAAUCUAAAAUAAGGUCAAUCAUUUGUAUACAGUUGUUUCUUUAGUUGAUGUUCUUUUUUAAAGGCAUCUUAAGUAUUAAAUCUCAUUAAAUUCUCAAUUGUAAUGAAACAGAACUACUGAUCACAUUUAAGCAAGAUCUACCCUGAUAAAAAUUGUGAACGUUUAUGCAAUAUGGCUUCACGUCUUACAGGUGUUGUAGAGGUUGAUAAAAUAUGAAAGUGAAUUAUUAUAUUGAUAUACCUAUCUUUUCAUCAACAAUCUGGUAAAUGUAUUAAAUUGCUUGUAAAUUUAUUUUUUGGUCAUCCACAGCUAUGGAUCUGAUCGACCUAUUGACUGGCACCCUUCAUACUAUGCAGCAACCGGAAAGCCCAAUCCCAAAGUCCAAAAAGUAGAUAACAGACCCACAGCCUUGACACUAAGGUAACUUAACUGAUUUAUUAUUUGAAUGUAUAUUUUAAUCCAUUUGAUUUAUGUCUAGCCGUUGGUUUCACAAAUGGAACCUACAAUGAAGAAGAACAUGUCACAAAGUCAACUAAAAUUAAAAUGUCAUAUCUGCAUAAACUUGUCACAAAUAAGAAUAAACUGUUAUUUUUUUUAUUAAUGCUUAAGUCUUUUAAGAAAUUUGAGAGUUUAAAAGAUGGCUAACGUGUCUUUUUGUGUGUGUUUUUUUAACGGAUAUCUUCUAGAAUGUUUAAUUUUUGGAAAUUUAUCUUUAGUCACUUGUUUAAUCUAGUUGUGUGUUGACAACUGAAUUAACCACAACAAUAUCAUUCUUUUUUCCCCGAUACUAGGGGCUGGUUACGUCUCAACAUUGGAAAGUCUCGUGCACAAGAAGAGUCAGUCAGAUACAUACAGAAUGAUAUCAAAAGACUGCUAGACAAGCUGCAGAAGGACAUUGGAAUGCACACUAUUCGAUUUGACAGUGUCUGGGGCUUUCAUCACUUCAGGGGAUCCCUGAAAUCUUUUGACAGACUUAACAUUGCACAUCCAGGGUUUCUAAAACAUGUAUUGAAAGGUGAGUUUUUUUAACAGCUGUAACUAUUUAAUCACUUUACCUGUGCUCUGUUCAAGAUUUAAAAAAAAUAAAAUAUAGAUGGAACCCAAUUGGAGCCUUAAGCUAUUUAGACUACUGAAAAUGGCUUUCUAACUGGACAUUUAACAAAAUUAAUAAUUUAAACAAUAUUGAAUAAUACAUUCUCAUCCAUAUUUAUGCAGCAGGUUCGUCUUCUUACUGUAAUGAAGUUCUAAGGAUUGUUUUUUUUUCCCUCUAAAAUUUUGAAAUUUGCAAAAUAAAAGUAUUAAAUUUCAUGUAAUCGUUUCCAAGUAAUUUAUUUAUUUAUCCAUGUUCACCCUUCCAAUGUUCUCUGUGUAGUUUUUUUGCCUUCUCCUUGUUACUUAACAAAUAAUUUAGCAAUUUAAAAUUAACUCUGCUGUGUUCCUUAAAAAAAAUGUUUUGCGUUAUUUCUUCAUUAGACGCUACUAAAUAAAUAUAUGUGUUAUAAUUUAAAACUCUUUUUUUCUCUUUGCAAUCAACACCAAAUUUUAAAUGAAAAAAAUUAAAGAAAUGUUGAAAUGGUGUAUAUCUAAAUUUUCAAAAAUAUCUUCAGAAAACUAUUCAAGUAUUUGAUAUUUUAUUGCAGGUCGCAUUUUGAUUUUCAGUAACAACACAGGUGUGAGCAGGCAUGGAGAGAUUGUGUUAAGUAGUGAAGAUGUUCCACAAACAUGGAUUACGGUAAUUUGUGGCCUGCAUUACAAAAUUUUUACUCAUAGUAAGGGAAAAACAUAUAGAAUUGAUGUAAUGUGUUCAGAUCUUGAAAUUAUAUAUUUAUCUAAAGAUAUAAAGGGAGAUUAGGAAGUUAUAGAAAGAUAUUAUAAAUAGAUAUAGAGAGAUAGAUAUAAAGCAGUAACUAAUAACCAGGGAUUUCUGUACAGCCUGUGGGAUACACCAGUGUUGAGGGGUGCAAGGAGACCCUGAGAAUCAGGUUUAUUUGAGUUUUUAUUAGCAUGUUUUAUCAUUGGAGGGAGGGGGGGGGUGGUGCGUUAACAUGUUUUGAAAUGGAGGUGGAGUUUCAGAAAUAGUUUAAAAUCAAGAGGGGAUAUGAUGUGCAAAAAAGUUAAGAAGUCCUGAUAUAAAUAGCGACCUAAAUAAAUCGAUGGAGAGAUUUAAGAGUUCAAUAUAGAAAGAUAGAGUUAUAGAGAGAGAGACUUGCAGAUAAAAAUAAUAAUAUUGCUACAAUUGGCUCACAGCUCCUCCAGACAGUUGGUGCAUAUGAGACUGUCCUGUCUCGUUUGCCCAUGAUGGAGGCAAAGCUGUCCUCAUUGUUAAACAACAUACAAGUGGUCAGACGAGAGAAACAGCACUUCAGAGUAAUGGCAGAGGAAUACGAGUUACUGCUUAAUAAAAUUCUGAACUCGCUGAGACGCUGCCAGGAUCAUGUUGUGUCGAGUUUUGGAAAUAGAAACCUGUCUGACCUGCAUCUCGUGGUGGAAGGGUAAGCCAGAAAAAUUCAUAUUUUGAUUGCUUCCCCUCAAACUUGCAGGAUCCAGCAGUUGUUGGGUCUUUUUCGUCUUCUAUAUAUUAAAGGCCUACUAUCAAUUUAUUGAUCAUUCUGGCUCCUAUGCAUGUGGAGGGGAUUUGCAAUAUUUCUGUGUGUUGAAGAGGAUAUUUCACUGGUUGCAAGGGCUACUCAGGGAGGGUAUCAUGCACUGGGGGUUGGAAGGCCUAAGACAAUAGUCACAAAUGUGUCAGGUGUUGGUCACCUCAACUCUUCAUUUUUGGAAGCUUGUUCCAGUCCCUGAUUGUCUUUGGCAGGGAUGAGCAGUUCCUGUACUUGCUUCUUGCUGGCAUGAGCCGGAACUGCCUGUCAUGGCCUCGUUGCUGUCUAUGAGGGAGAGGGACUAGUUUCUGUUUAAUGCUGGAACAGUGGACCAGCCCAUUAUUUAUCUUAUACAUCAUGGAGAGCCUAGAUAGUCGUCGUCGUUCCUCCAAUGGUGACCAGCCCAGUGUUUCCAGCUUGCUGCCAACACUAGAUGUAUUCCUGUAGCGGUUUAGGACAAAGCGUGUUUCCCCUCGACCGCCUCCAACCUUUCAAUGCAAUGCUGGGUUUCUACUUGGUUUUAGCCAAGCAUAUGGCUUAGCACCAGUUUCUGAUUUUUUUUUUUUUAACUAAAAUUAUUUUAAAGUAUGAUUUAUUUAUUUAUUUUUUAAAAUUUUGGCAUCCAUCCAUCUCAAAGAGACAAUGAUGUGGUUUUUGCUAGAAGUUGUGAAAUUUACAGUGAUAUUAAAUUGUGAAGUAUCCAGCAAAACGGCAAAUACAUAUUUAUGCUGUGUGUGAUUAAAUAGUUGAUACAUUAAGUGAAAAUUGUCAUAAAAUAUUUUUAGCGUAUUAUGAAAAAUCCCUUACAGUGUAAUGAUGUAGCAGAAAGAAAUGUGUAGAGUAUUACCUUGUUAUAGAAAUUUGUUUAUGAAAGCCCUCAACACAACAAUUAUGAAAAUGGUAUUGUAUCAUCUGUUAUAGAACUUGGGACCGUAAAAAAUAGUCACUAUUUUUAAAAAUGCAAAAUAUUGCCUGAAUAUGAGAAGUAACUUUGAAAUAUUAGUUAUUAUAAAUGUCUUUUUUCCUGUUUGGUUUUUACAAUUAUGUUCAAAUCACUUCCUUUCCACUCUUUACUUUGUUUUUGUCUGGUUUUAGCACCCUCUCCUAUUUUUUUUCUUUUUUAGGUAGGAUAUGUAUAUUUAUAUUAUGUAAAUUUAAUUUAUACUUACUUAAAUGUUUUUUUGUUUGUACUGAUGAAGGCAUGUGCCGAAAUGUUUACUUUUGUAUAAUGUAUAAUUAUUAUUAAAGCGUAACUUAUAUUGUUAUAUUGACACAAUUUGUUUGUGUCUUAUUAAUCAAUCUUAAUAUAAAUUGCUCUUUUCUUUGACAUCAUUUUAAUUAUAUUUUUAACACUCAUUUUAAAAUGAAAAAUUUGCAUAUCUUUUAUCAUUUAAAAUAUUGAUUUAAAAAUAAAACUGUUUGAAGACUAUCGGUCUACAACAAUAAGUCAUUAUAUGUCACCAAGAAGAUACACUCUACACAAAUAAGCCAAACAUCAGAAAAUGUUCAUACUUAAUUCAGUUUAGCUGACAAAGUUGGCACAAGUUAAGAAAAUAUUUUCAUUGUUUCCAGAGAAUCCAGUCCCCUAAUGUUGUCAUCAUUAGGUCAGUUUCUUGUCCCUGCGUCCAUCCCAGGCACUUUGGUUGUGGAUUUCAUCAACAAAAACUCGGAUGAGGCUCUUAACAUAUUAAAGGAUAUACAAGGGUAUGUGGGUUAAAAAAGUCUGGGCAUUUUUUUAACUUAGAGUUUGUGAAAUGAAGUUAUUUUUAUAAAUAUUUCUUUGCAAAAUAAUUCACAUAUUGAAUAUUUAAUAUUUUUUUUAUUACAUCAGUCUUUCAAUUUUCAAAUCUUGUGUUAGGCACAUUUCUUAUAGCCUACCAAGGUAAAUCAAGCCAAAAAUUUUCAAUGUGCAAAAUAAUAAUUAAUUGUCUGAUUUGUUAUCAUGAAAUAGUUUAUUUACAAAACUGUUAUAAAGAGCAAUGACUUGGUAUAAUUUGUCAGUUUCCUACAAGAUGAAGAGCGGACCAAAGAGAAGGCCAUGGAAGUACUGGGCUUAUUAGAUCUGCAGAAAGAUGAGAGUGUCACGCCAGCCCAGAUGAUUUCCUGCUGCACAAGGUUUGCUCAGGAGCACUGGCGUUUUGGGGUCUCCCUUGCUAAAUCACGAAUACGGGUGUCCCACUAUUACUCGGUUAUGCAGGAUGGGCAGAUCUGUGUCCCUUGGGACUGGAUUGGUGAUGAAGACUGACUUAAGUCAAGAAUAAGAUUGUGUCUUAAUGUAUUUAAUAGAGCUUUAUUCCCUAUUGAUGAUUAUAUUGAAAUAAGGUGUGACAGUCUUUACUUUGAGAUUAUCUUUAAAGAAUUAUAUUUCUAAGCUUUCUAAAAUUCAUUCUGAAGUCUUAUGUUUUUUAUAAAUAAUCUCAUUUUUUUCUUAAAAUGUUAAGCAUUUUUUUUUAAUGAGGAGUUCACACUGUUAAUGCUACAACCGGUGACAAUGGCUCAGGAACUUUAUCUAGUGAGGGCUUGAACUGUCCCCAGCAAUGGGCAUUAAAUUAUUAUUUUAAAAUACUGAAACAUUGGAACUGGAAGAUAUUUUUCAUUCCAAUAAAAUACCUUACACGGUUCUGGAUACAAGUAUUAUAUUUAUUAGCUUUUGUAAAAUUAUAAAGACUGAGACAUAAAACAAGUUUGUUAAAAAAACAAAAAAAACUAGCAAUUAAAUUUUUUUGUAUUUCUGAUUUCACUUUUUAAAAAUUAUCAUUGAAAAUGCAACCAUGGCAACAAGAAAGUGUUAUUAUAUCCCCAUAGAGCAGGGGUGGGCAAACUUUUGUAGCUGCAAGCCAGAUUUAAGAGGUAACAGAGGCAUGGAAGCCAUAAAAGGUGAAAA